AAUGAAUGUCAAAAUUGUUCGUCACUUGAGUUUUACAUAACUACGCAUGGUCGAGCGUGAUUGAUUAUCAGCGGUCAUGUGAAAACUCGACGCGACCUCAUUCAUACCUUUUACGUCGUGAAACAAGCUCAACUGUCGCAGUAUCAUUCAGCGAUCGCAUGUUCAUUUCCAAUUUAAUUUAUUGUCGUUAAUCAAUCUGAUUUUUCACAAUGUUGGAAGGAGUAAAGCACGUGCUAUUAGUGCUUUCGGGGAAAGGAGGCGUCGGUAAAUCAACAAUCAGCACUCAGCUGGCACUUGCUUUAAAAGAGUCAGGUUUUCGAGUUGGGAUCUUAGAUGUCGAUCUCUGUGGCCCCAGCGUGCCUUAUUUACUAAACUUGGAAGGAAAAGAUAUUCAUCAAUCUUCUGAAGGAUGGAUACCAGUGUUUGCAGAUUCAGAAAAGAAAUUGUCAGUCAUGUCAAUUGGCUUUCUCUUGAAAAACCAAAACGAUAGUGUAGUUUGGCGUGGUCCUAAAAAGAAUGGUAUGAUCAAGCAGUUUCUAACUGAUGUGGUUUGGAAGGAUAUUGAUUAUUUGAUCAUUGACACACCACCUGGUACUUCUGAUGAACAUAUUACUGUCAUGGAGAAUUUAAGAAAUGUAAAUUGUGAUGGUGCUAUUAUAGUAACUACUCCACAAGCAGUUGCAGUAGAUGAUGUUCUGCGAGAAGUAACAUUUUGUAGAAAAACAGGGAUUCAUAUAAUUGGUAUCAUUGAAAAUAUGAGUGGCUUUGUUUGCCCUUCGUGUACAGAAUGUACCAAUAUAUUCUCUUCUGGUGGUGGUAUAGCUCUUUCAGAAAUGGUAAAGGUUCCAUUUUUGGCAAAGGUGCCUAUAGAUCCAGAAGUCGGCAAUUUAGCAGACAAGGGACAAAGUGUUUUGGUAACAUUACCCAAUAGUCAAGUUGCACAGGUGUUUCGAAAAUUAGUUGAAGAACUCACCAAAAGUAAGGAAGCUUAAAAUCAAAAAGUUUAUCAGCAAUAUGUGUGAUUUUUAGCAUCAUAUGUAUAUUUGCUUGUGAUGUUUUGUAAUUUUUAUAACAGAUAAACUUGCUUAUACACAGGAAAUUGUAUAUAUACAAAUAAAAUAUAUCUUUUUAUAAUAUUAUUAUUAUAUUAUAAUAUAUAAUUGCAAAAAAAAUGAUAGUACUGUUUUAUCAUAAAGCACACUUGUAUGUCUAGAAUACUUAUGUGUAUAUUUCACAUAAAGAAAGAAGAGAAAAUAAAAAAAAAAGAUUUCCUGAAUAUAGCAAGUAUCCCGUUUUAUUUUUGUCUUUAAUAAUAUAACACAAAUUCUAUUUGCAUCCGAAUAAACCACUCUGAGUCAACA